CACUCAUUUAAAUCUCAAAUCAGCUCUCUUGGAGUUGAAAAUGGAUGUUUACAAGAGAAGUUUCAGAUACGAUACUUCAAAAAGGGAAGAAGAGAUGGAUGUAAGGAAAGGUCCAUGGACUGAAGAAGAGGACUCCGUGCUUAAGGCGUAUGUCAAUAUCCACGGCGAAGGUCGCUGGAACUCUGUUGCUCGCUAUUCAGGAUUGAGAAGAUCGGGGAAAAGCUGCAGAUUGAGAUGGUUGAACUAUAUGCGACCAGAAAUCAAACGAGGGAACAUCAGCCUCGAAGAGCAGCUUCUGAUUCUUGAACUCCAUUCUCGUUGGGGCAACAGGUGGUCGAAAAUUGCACAACACUUGCCCGGAAGGACAGACAAUGAAAUAAAGAACUAUUGGAGAACAAGAGUCCAGAAGCAGGCCAGGCAGCUUAAAUGCGACGUUAACAGCAAACAAUUCAAGGACGCCAUGCGUUACGUUUGGAUCCCCCGUUUGAUCGAACGGAUCCGUGCUUCAUCACAGUCAACGUCAGGUCCACCUUCCACCAUCACCAGCAUAACAAUCGAGUCUGGUUCGGUCCAAGUUGACCCAAGUCUCCUGCCCGAAUUAUCCCGCACUUCAUCGGGCUCCCAAGUCUCUUCCGUCACGGGCCUGACAGAUUGUUACAAUCCACAAAGCGUUUCCAACUACCAGAAUAACACACGAAACGGGUCGGGUUUUGAAAACGCCGCAGCGGAAACAUGGGGCAGAGAUGAUGUCUGGUUGGUUGGAGGUGGUGAGUCUUCGAUGGAGACGGUGUGGAAUGAAGAGAAUAUUUGGUUUUUACAGCAGCAGCUUCAUGACGAGUUCUAAUGACAGGAAUUCGCUUACGUGACGCAUCAGAUUUUAUUAUAUUAUCAAAACAUCGUGGCCAUACUGUUAUCUGACGAUGGAGAUUAUGAAAAAGAAACAAAACAAGGCUAACACC